UCAAGAUUUUCUCGUAAAAAAUAUUGGACAUUUAUCAGGUAUUAAGAUUAGUAACAAGAUAAUAUUUGUUUGAAUGUAAGUGGUGUCGAAUUCUGUUUUAGCUUGGCCAUAUUCAUUCUACAUUGGUUUGAGUCGUACUGGUCCAAAUACAUUGCAAUGGUCGGAUGGUACAACAACUGAUAAAUCGGUCUUCACUAAUUGGGAUGGUCUUGAUGACGACUACGAUUCCAGUAAACUCUGUGUUACUGUGGGAUGGAAAGAUGGUUUGAAUGAUUUUAAAUGGAAGAUUGAACAUUGUGAUAAAAGAAUAAAUAUUGCAGCAAAACAUCGUUAUAUUUGUCAAAGUAAAUUUAUUAAUUUAAUAUUUUUAUUUUAAAUUGUAUAAACGCUUAGUAAAUUAAGUUUAUAUAAUUGAUUGUUGUUUUGUGAAUUGAACUAUUAAAAUAGGAAACAUACCAACAACACCAAUAGCACCUACAACAACUACACUUACACCUACAUUAUUAAAAAUAACAAGUACGGCUCUUGCAACUGAACAAACAGUAACAUCAGAGGUUUCGCUGGUUUCAAUACAACAGUCAAUCGAAUCUAAGACGACCACUGAUAACAAUUUUGAUACAUUGGGUAGGUAUAAAAUCGAUAUAUAUAUAGAAUUUGCAGGUUUAGUGUAUAUAUCAGAAUCACAUUGUUCUUCGGAAAAGAACAGUUGAUUUUUAUUAAUUAUAAAGCAGUACAGCCCUAUAUCCCAUUGUAUAUUGAUAUGGUGGGAAUUUUUAAAAGUAUAGGCCUAUCAUAGUUCUUACAUUAGAGAAAUUUUAGCUAAAUGACUAUUUUAUCAGUCCAAGAGUGUCUCGGUGUUUUAGCUGUUUUGUUUGUUUACAAUUUACAGAAACAAGUUCCGCUAUAGCGAAUAUAGCACUUAUGAGCGAUACAAGCGUGAUUGGUUAUGCAAUGAUCGGUGUUGGAGCAAUAGUUGUCCUUGUAAUAUGUGGAAUAAUCUACAUCAAGUGUUACAGAAACAACAAACCUACGACUUAUAACGUCGACGAGAGAAACUCUGGUUCUGAAGAAGGCGAAGGUCCAGUUGUGGUUGACAAUGUAUUGUACGGAACAUCUGCUGAACCAAUUCAAGAUCUAUACGAAGAAGCCGACAAAGUAGAUCCCGUGUACAGUUGUGCCGAUGCCUCUGCAAGCUAUGUCGCCCCAAAUGUUGAAUUUCAUGCUGAAGCAGCGGUGUAUGAUUGCACUCCAGACAAUGCAAGCGCAGAUAAUGGUCAAAGCGAAACAGACGACAGCAGUCGUGAGGAUUCAAUAGAAGAUGUUUACGCUCAAGUUGUGAAAAAGAAAAAGACAUAAAAGAAGUAAAACAAGCUUGUAAAAUAUAUUUUAUUUCAAGGUUAAAACAAGUGUAACACUGUAUGAUUUAUGUAGUCAAUCAACAUACAUGCUUUGUUAAUGAAAAAACCUAAAAACGAACAUCUUUGUUUUUAUUGUAUUAAUCUUUUUACAGAAAUCGU